UGUUUAGCUCUUUAAAAAUGGCUUUGUUAUAACAGAGAUAGGAGUGACACACUAGCCUGUGGUGUAAACGUAAAUAAAUAUGUUACACGGUAAUAUUUCGUGAAAAGGACCUAAAAUAUAUUUUGUUGAAAUGUUUGAGUAGGUUUCUGUGUUACUCUGAACAGCCAUGUUUUCCCCGCCCCUAAAAUUCCUGUGUGUCUGAGGAGAGGCGUAGUUACUUAAAGACACGAGAGAAGAAGAGCUACCUGUUCAUGAGCAGCACUACACGUUAAACCAGUGCCAGGAGAGAAUUAGUGACAACACUGAGAUAGUACAUUUCCGACUUCCCAAGCGAAAGAGUGGCCUUUAUUGGCUACAUCAGCGUCCUCUCGAGCCGUGUGGUGGAGUUUGUACUGACAGGAAGGCAGUCCACAGGCUCGCGCGCGCGCUCUCUCUCUCUCUCUCUAUCACACACACAAACACACAUUUUCUUUCUAAUAAUCCUCCUAAACACACGGCAUGGAGAUACUGGACAGCAGUGAGCCGUUUUUACACUGGGACCGCAAUCUGAGCGAGCUGUCUGAGCCGGCAGACAACGACAAUGUCCUGUACAGCACACACUUCACUGAGCUCCUGGAUGACCUGUCUCAGGAGGCCCUACUGGGCCAGCUGCUGAGCGACCCCUUCCUGUCAGGGAGGAGCGAAAUGAUGGAUGUGGAGGAGGAGCUGAGCCCGGCCUCUCCCCCGCCUCCUCACAUCCAGGCCGAGCACAGCUACUCGCUGAGCGGAGACUCGCGGCCUCAGUCGCCCCUCUCCCAUCUGACCACGGAGAAAACCAGCAGCGAGCCUGGAGAGUCAGACAGUGAGGACUGGCCUGUGGAGCAGCAGGAGGAGGAGGUGGAGGAGGAGGAGAGGUUAAACCUGAAGAUGGAGCCUCUGCUCUGUGAUUCUCCAGCACUGCUGCCUACAGUGACUCUCGCACUCACAGUAGACCCAGCGACCACCGCUUCCCUCUCACACACCACACAGCUCACCACACAGGUAAAGGAGGACGAAAGCUUCAGCCCGCAGAUUAAACUGGAGCCACAUGAGGUGGAUCAGUUCCUGAACCUCUCCCCUAAAGAGCUUGAGGCUUUGCAGAUGCCCCCGACUCCUCCCAGCUCUCAUGGCAGUGACACAGAGGGCAGUCAGAGCCCUGUGCACCCCUGCGCUCCUGCCAGCCCCACACAGAACCCAGCUGUCCUCAAAGUGGCGCAGCGCACGACCGCCUCACUGCCCAACUCGCUGUCCAACUCGCCCCUGCUCACCGCCCCUCAUAAGUUGCAGGGCUCCGGGCCCCUCCUGCUGACGGAAGAGGAGAGACGCACACUGAUCGCAGAGGGAUACCCCGUUCCCACUAAGCUGCCUCUGUCCAAAUCUGAGGAGAAAGCCCUGAAAAAGAUCCGCAGGAAAAUCAAGAAUAAGAUUUCUGCUCAAGAAAGUCGCAGGAAGAAAAAAGAAUAUGUGGAUGCCCUCGAGAAAAAGGUGGAGACGUGUUCCAGUGAGAACAGUGAGCUACGCAGGAAAGUGGAGAACCUUGAAAGUACCAACAAGUCUUUGCUGCAGCAGCUGCACUCCCUGCAGGCCAUGGUGGCAGGAAAGGUCCCUCGCUCGUGCAAAAUGGCCAGCACUCAGACCUCCACAUGCCUCAUGGUGCUGGUCCUGUGUUUCGCUGUCUUCCUGGGUAGCUUCUACCAAGGCCUGAGCCCCUGCUCAUCCAUCACAAAGCCUGACCUAUCCAGGGAGCUCACCAUGCAGGAGUCUUACACUACUACAGUGAAGUCCAGAAACCUCCUGGCUGUUGAUGAGCAUGGUGUAGGUGACGAGCCCCGUCUGUCAGGGCUGGGCGGAAAAUAUCCAGAGUGGGACGCGCAGACUAACGACAUGGCGAUGUGGCGCCUGGAACAGCAGCGCAGACUCAAACAGGCCACGCCUCAAACUCCAGAACCCAGCCCACCUUUCAUUCAGAACAACGGCACCAACACACAAAAAGCCCUUCUCAUUGACCUGCACACACACAGGUCAGUGGAGUCACAAUCCAGCGAAAGCCCAAAAGUCAUUGAGCUGGAGAGAACAGUGAACGAGCCGUCGUGAGGAUGGCUGGUCCUCCUCGAGCUCACCUGCACCUCAAGGGCAGGAGGAGACACACACCCUCUCUGUAUUUAUAGACCUCCUUUAAGUAUUCCUUUCACUAUUUUCUUUUUUUUAUGAUAAAAAAAUUAAAAAAGAAAAAAGCAAUAUUAUAUCAUUCCACCAUUAUAUAUAAAAUUUUGAUACUAUGUUUUAAAGCUUUUUUUUCACAUUUUCCUCUUCUGUGUAAUGUACAUAUGUUGCGAUCCUUGAAUUUGAAAAGCAAAAUGGUGUCCUUCUGGUCUUUGGUCUGACGUCACACACCCCUGGGCCUGUACUUAUUAAAAAAGAAAAAAAGAAAUCAUGUUUUCACUCUCCCUCACAGUCAAGCUAUUGUAAAAACCUAAUAUGAAACAUGAGAACUUCCAAACACGUCAACAUCUGAAAAUGUCUAAUAUUUGGAUAUUAAGGUUAUUAUAUAAAAUCAUGCUGAUCAAGAACAGUAGUUCCUUCAUAUCACAUCAUAUUUUGCUGAGAUUUUUUGCUGGCGGUUUGGCUAUCGCUGUGUGUAGACUCACAGUGUUACAGGAUCGCGUGUAAGAGUGUUAGGUUCAGGUUAAAGUGAGUGUGCUAAAAUGUGCUUUAAGACCAGGUUCAGGAAACACAGGUUUAGCAACAACUUUAAGCAAAUCAAAGUUUUUCUGUUAUAGGCGAGCAGGGAGUGAAUAGUACGAGUUAUUCUUAUCUAUACCCAUGGUGCAUCUGUCAUUUGGCAGAAUUGAGUUCCUCUUAAACUGGCACAGAUCCAUGUCUAUGCUAAACAUAACCCAGGCAGGUCAAGUGUUUACAUUUGCUGAGGUAUGAAAAUGUCGCAGGAGCAGACACUGACGCUGAACAGGGUGAAUAUUUUGUGUUAAGAUACACAGUUUGUACAGUUUUUUUUUUUUUUUUUUUUUUCUUUGAUCCAUGCUAGAUGCAGCACUCCCAGCAUCUGAACGGUUUUCUGUUCAGCUUGAUAUCUCGUUAAAUCUGUAAUAGGCAAUACUUUUCAUUUCUCACUAGUACAAAUAAUGUGGAAAAUUACUGUAUGUAUGAUAAAAAAAUAACAGUUAAAGCAGUAUUGUCUUUUUGUAAGACAAUUGUAAGUAUUGUCUCAGAACAAGUGUAUUACGCAGCUUGAAAAAAAAAACCCAGUUUGGAAACCUGUCUUCAGGUCUGGAAUGUUUGUGUUUGGAUUGGCCUCCUGUCAGUCAUUUUAUAGACACGCCCCCAGCGCACCUUCACAUCUCUCUUAAAUCAUUAUGAAGAGAAUUUUGCUUGUUUAUAUGCCAUGAGUUGUAACUUGGCUUUCAGGAAGUUGAAUGAUAUCAUGACAGUUCUUGCUAAUGCUAACUCUAGAUGAGUCAGCAUCAGUUUUGGGGGCGGAGCUUUGUAUGCAUGGGUGGGAAGGAAGGGUGGGCUCAAAGUAAAAAAAAAAAAUUAUUUAAAUCUUACUCAACUCCACCCAUUUUACCAUUAGAGACUUAUUUUUCACAAAUCUUGUCUAAUGCAUUUUUAAAGAUAGUCAGACAUUUUCUUUUUAAAAAAUCAGACCACAUAUUCUGAUAAUUGAAACACAUUCUGUCAGUAUUCUCCUCAGAUUACAGCACUGUCAGUAAAAUAUCAGCGUAAACCGCAGCCUUUGUGGUGCCCCAGACUUCAUGAAAAAAAAAAAAAAAAAAUGAGUGUCACUGCUCAUCUGUCCAUUCAGAAGGCUACUCCUGUUGGUCAACAUGAUUGAGGAAAAAAGAAAAAAACCAAAGAGAUGUAUUUGAAUUUUGAGUUUCUGAACUUUUCUCAUAUUCUGAUAAACAAGAAGCAUAACUCACUUCUGCCUUCAUCAUCUUUGUUGUUGGGACUAUGUGUUAAAUAAUGAAGAUUUGUAAAUGUUUUGUUCUGUUUUUUUUUUUUAGCUGAGAGGGAGAGUGAGAGCUUUAAAGUAAUUUUACUGAAAGAGGUUGUCAUGGAGUGGACCAGUGAAAGCUGAUCACAAAUAGAUGUUAAUAAUUCUAUAGAUAUAUAUUGCUUUCUGCCUUCUAAAGACAUGUGGCCACGUUUUUCUCCUCUACCAUCACAGCCUGCACUGUUUUUAGCUGUUUUGGGUUAAAUGAUGUGUUCUGGGAGAGUUUGUCAGCUGUCCAGAUAGCGAAUGAUGUGAUGCCCAGAAUCUCACCUGCACUGUAUCUCCAAAGAAUCAAUGUAUUUAUUAUUUUUUAAAAACAUGUUCAAUCCUUUUUUUUUUUUUUUUUUUUUUUUAAACAUACUGCCACAUGCCUUUAUUUCUUGAUCUGAUGCAACUAUUUUUAUAUGGAAAAAUGUUUUGGAUAUGAUUUUGGACGCCAUCUAUGAAUUCACACUGCAUUAUACUGUACUCCACUUAAGCGAGAGUGUUCUGAAAACAACGUUUCUGUUCUAUUACAGUUCCAUCAUAAAACACCUGUCUUAUCUUUUCUUUAUAUGAAGUAAAUAUUUUCCUUAGAAAAGCAGAA